UCAGAGUACACAGCCCUGCUGGAGUUGAUUGCAGUCCUCAGCAACGCUGAUUCUCCACCAUGGAAUCGACUGGUGAUGAUGACGCGGUGGCGGCCUAGAGGAGACGAGGCGCGGGAGCAGAACGAUGCCCAGGGGCGCACGCUCUAGAACUCCACAGCAGGAAGACUUUUCUCCCAGCAGCGACAUGGUGGAGAAACAAACUGGGAAAAAGGAUAAAGAUAAAGUUUCUCUGACCAAGACCCCAAAGCUGGACCGCAGUGAUGGAGGAAAGGAGGUGAGAGAGCGAGCCACCAAGCGGAAGCUGCCCUUCACUGUGGGGGCCAAUGGAGAACAGAAGGACUCGGACACAGAGAAACAGGGUCCUGAGCGGAAGAGGAUCAAGAAGGAGCCUGUCGCCCGCAAGUCCGGGCUGCUGUUCGGCAUGGGGCUGUCUGGGAUCCGAGCUGGCUACCCACUCUCUGAGCGCCAGCAGGUGGCUCUCCUCAUGCAGAUGACAGCCGAGGAGUCUGCCAACAGCCCAGUAGACACCACACCAAAGCACCCCUCCCAGUCUGCAGUGUGUCAGAAGGGAACGCCCAGCUCUGCCUCAAAAACCAAAGACAAAGUCAACAAGAGGAACGAGCGGGGCGAGACCCGCCUGCACCGUGCUGCCAUCAGGGGGGAUGCCCGACGCAUCAAGGAGCUCAUCAGCGAGGGCGCUGAUGUCAAUGUCAAGGACUUCGCAGGCUGGACAGCGCUGCACGAGGCCUGCAACCGUGGCUACUACGAUGUCGCCAAGCAGCUGCUGGCCGCAGGCGCAGAGGUGAACACCAAGGGCCUGGACGACGACACACCACUGCACGACGCUGCCAACAACGGGCACUAUAAGGUGGUGAAGUUGUUGCUGCGGUAUGGAGGAAACCCUCAGCAGAGCAACAGGAAAGGGGAGACCCCGCUGAAAGUCGCCAACUCCCCAACUAUGGUGAACCUGCUGCUGGGCAAAGGCACGUACACCUCCAGCGAGGAGAGCUCCACGGAGAGCUCCGAGGAGGAGGACGCCCCAUCCUUUGCACCUUCCAGCUCAGUUGAUGGCAACAACACGGACUCCGAGUUUGAGAAGGGCCUGAAGCUCAAGGCCAAGAACCCAGAGCCUCAGAAGACUGUGACACCUGUCAAGGACGAGUAUGAGUUUGAUGAGGAUGAUGAGCAGGACAGGGUCCCUCCUGUGGACGACAAGCAUCUGCUGAAGAAAGACUAUAGGAAAGAACCCAAGGCCAGCAGCUUCGUGUCAAUCCCCAAGAUGGAGGUCAAGAGCUAUGCCAAGAACAGCACCACCGCGCCAAAGAAAGCCGCCCAUCGCAUCCUGUCCGACACCUCAGACGAGGAGGACGCUGGCCUGGCUGUGGGCGCGGGGGAGAAGCUGAGGCUCUCAGCGCACACAGUCCUGCCCGGCUCGAAGGCCCGCGAGCCCCCUGCGCCCAGGCAGCAGAAGGAGAAGAGCAAAGUGAAGAAGAAGCGGAAGAAGGAGGCCCGGGGCAAGGAGGUGCGGCCUGGGAAGAGGAGUGACAAGCUGUGCUCCUCCGGGUCCGAGCGCGCAUCCUCCGAGAGCGAGGAGGACGGGGACUCGGUGGGGAGCACGGGCUGCCGCAGGGGCUCCCCCCUGGUGCUGAAGGACCCCUCACUCUUCAGCUCGCUGUCAGCCUCCUCCACUUCGUCCCAUGGCACCAGCCACGCCGACCAGCACAGCAAGCACUGGCGCGCGGACAGCUGGAAGGCCGUGUCCUCCCCUGCCUGGUCGCAGGUCAGCUCGCUGUCGGACUCAUCAGGCACCGGCCUGACAAGCGAGUCGGACUGCUCCUCCGAGGGCUCCAGCGUGGAGUCCCUAAAGCCCGCGAGGAGGAAGCAGGAGCACCGCAAGAGGGGCAGCCUGCAGAGCAUGGCUCCUGAGAAGAGGGGCGGCUUCCACCCCAGCGUGGACGGCGCCGUGCCCAAGCUCGACAAGGAGGGAAAAGUCGUCAAGAAACACAAGACGAAACACAGACACAAAAACAAGGAGAAGGGGCAGUGCCCCAGCCAGGAGCUGAAGCUGAAAAGCUUCACCUACGAGUACGAGGACCCCAGGCCCAAGGCCGACAAGGCCGCCCUCCUGGACAGCGACGUCUCCGCGGAGGGCAGGCUGCGGGUGUUGAAGCAUGACCGAGACCACCUCAAGAGGGAGGAGAGGCUGGGCAGGACGAAGCCCGAGGACAAGGAGUGGCUCUUCAGAGACGAGAAGCCACUGAAGAGGAUCAAGGACGUGGGCAGGGACGGCGGCAGGGCCUUCCGGGAGGAAAAGGACCGGGCUGGCAGGGCUGAGCGGGAGAGGCUGGGCAAGGAGAAGUCCCCCAAGGAAGAGAGGCUGCGGCCGUACAAGGAGGAGAGGAAGAAGAAGGCCCGGGACCGGCCCCCCAAGCCGGAGAAGAAGGGCGAGGCCAAGGAGAAGGCCCUGAAGGAGGACAAGGAGAGGCUCCGGAGGGAGAAGGCCUACAGGGAGGACGCAGCCUUCGACGACUGCUGUCACCGGGGCCACUUCCUGGAGAGCGAGGACUUGUCCGACGACCAGCAGGACAGGUGGUUUUCAGACCUCUCCGACUCCUCCUUUGACUUCAAAGGGGAGGACAGCUGGGACUCCCCAGUGACCGAUUACAGGGACAUCAAGAGUGACUCUGUGGCCAAACUCAUCUUGGAAACGGUGAAAGAGGAUAGUAAGGAGAAGAAGCGGGACAACAAGGCCCGGGAAAAACGAGAUCUCAGAGACUCUUUCUUCCGAAAGAAGGACCGGGACUACUUGGACAAGAGCUUGGAGAAGAGGAGGGACCAGGUGGAGAAGCACCGGGGCCUUCCCAGCUACCUCCCCGACAAGGACAAGAAGAGGAGAGAGUCCUCGGAAGGCACACGGGACCCACGGGACCGGAGAGACGCCCUGGAGGGCUCCAGGGAGCGGAAGGAUGUCCGCCUGCGGCCAGAGGAGCCGCACAGGGAGGAGCUGAAGGAGUGUGGCUGCGAGGGCACCUUCAAGGACAAGCCCGACUGCGACCUCGCCAAGAGCCUGGAGUCCUGGGAGCGGCACCACGCAGCUCGGGAGAAGGAGAAGAAGGAGAAGGCUCGCUCCGAGAGGCACAAGGACAAGUCCAGCGACAGGGACCGAGGGGAGAAGUGUCCGAAGGACAGAGACUUUGACAGAUGCCUCAAGGAGAGGAAGGAUGGCAAGGAGAAGCACAAGGACAAGGACACACACAGCAGAGACCGAGACAGGAGGGCCGGCCUCGACCAGGCCCGGGAGAGGAAGGACAAGACCUUCCCUGCAGCCGCCUCCGAGGACUCCUCUGAAAAGAGAGAGGAGAAGAAGGGGAAAGAGAAGAGCUGGUACAUCGCAGACAUCUUCACAGACGAAAGCGAGGACGAGAAAGAGGAGUACCUGGCCAGCGGGCUGCGGGCAGGGGAGGCCUGCGAGGCCCCCAGGGCGGACGCCCUCCAGGAGAGGGAGGACGGGAGGGAGCUGCCCGCGGCAGACAGGCACAGGAAGUGCCCCUCCGACAGGCCCCACGAGAAGCCCCGGGACAAGGAGCCCAAAGAGAAGAGGAAGGACAGGGGUGCCCCCGAAGCAGGCAGAGACAAGAAGGAGAAGGCCUUGGAGAAGCACAGAGAGAAGAGGGACAAGGACCGCAAGGACCGGGUACUGGCCGACGCCACCCAGGAGAGGCGAAGCAGGCAGAGGCCACCCGAGAAGGUGGAGAGGAAGCAUCCCGGGGAGGACAGGGCCAAGAGCAAGCACAAGGAAAAGCCGGACCGGGAGCGGAGGGCCUCGCGGGGCGCGGAGGCGGAGCGCAGCCUGCUGGAGCGGCUAGAGGAGGAGGCGCUGCAGGAGGGCAGGGAGGAGGCGCACGACAAGGCCAGCGAGGGCUCCUCCGACAGCUUUGCAGACCGCGGCCCCGAGCCCGGCCUGAGCGCCCUCCUAGAGGUGUCCUUCUCAGAGCCGCUGGAGGACAAGGCCCGGGAGGGCCCCUGCCUGGCGGAGAGGCUGAGAGAGAAGGAGCGGCACCGGCACUCCUCCUCCUCCUCCAAGAAGAGCCACGAACGCGAGCGGGCCAAGAAGGAGAAGGCCGAGAGGAAGGAGAAGGCCGAGGACUACAAGGACGGGGGCAGGAGGGAGCCCGGCCAGUACGAGAAGGACUUCCUGGACGCCGAGGCCUAUGGCAUCGCCUACUCUGUGAAGGUGGACGGCGAGGAGGAGCUGGACAAGGCCACCGACGGGUUUUCUGAGAAGAGAGAGAGGAGCGAGCCCGAGAGGGAGCCUCCCAAGAAAGUGGAGAAGGAGCUGAAGCCUUUCGGGUCCAGUGCUCUCGGCUCCCUGAAGGAGAAGAGGAGGAGGGAGAAGCACAGGGAGCGGUGGCGGGAGGAGAAGGACAAGCACAGGGACAGGCACCACAAGGAGGAGCCGCGGCCCACCGUCCGGGACAAGGAGAAGGGCAGGGAGGAGGCCCUGAAGCUGGGUGAGGCCAAGCCUAAGGAAAAGCCCCGAGAGGGCACAGAGAAGGAGAGGGGCGACCCCACCAAGAUCAGCAACGGCAUGGACAAGCUCCCGCCACCCAGAGACCCAGGCAAGAAGGACGCCAGGCCCCGGGAGAAGCUGCUGGGGGACGGCGACCUGAUGAUGACCAGCUUUGAGCGGAUGCUGUCGCAAAAGGACCUGGAGAUUGAGGAGCGGCACAAGCGGCACAAGGAGCGCAUGCGGCAGAUGGAGAAGCUGCGGCACAGGUCUGGGGACCCCAGGCUCCGGGAAAAGGCAAAUGUGGGGGACAAGCUGUUCAGACAGCAGAGUGUUCCUGCCGCCUCCAGCUUCGACUCUCCCGGCCAGCACUUGAUGGAGGACAAGGCUGCCCUGCCACCUGUUCCAGCAGAGAAGUUUGCCUGCCUGUCCCCUGGCUACUACUCCCCUGACUAUGGCCUCCCCUCACCCAAAGCGGCCACCGUCAGCAGCGCCCCUUCCCCAGAGGCCGUGUUCCCUGGCCUACCAGCCAAGCCCUCCCCUGCCACUAGGGGCGACCUCUUGGCCCCAGCCAUCGAGGGGGCCCUGCCCCCGGACCUGGGCCUUCCUCUGGACGCCACAGAGGACCAGCAGGCCACAGCAGCCAUCAUCCCUCCGGAGCCCAGCUACCUGGAGCCCUUGGACGAGGGCCCCUUCAACGCUGUCAUCACCGAGGAGCCGGUGGAGUGGGCCCAUCCUGCUGCGGAGCAGGCCCUUUCCUCCACCUUGGUGGCCAGUGCCUCUGAAAACCCUGUCAGCUGGCCCGUGGGCUCCGACCUUCUGCUGAAGUCUCCACAGAGGUUCCCAGAGUCCCCCAAACACUUCUGUCCUGCAGAGACCCUGCAUACCACUGUCCCAGGACCCUUCAGCACCUCAGAGCCCCCGUACCCCGUAUCCCCCAGCUCCUACCCCUUGCCCGCCACCGAACCGGGCCUGGAGGAGGUCAAAGACGAUGGGGCGGGAGCCAUCUCUGUGGCCGUCUCCACCACAGAAGGGGCCACUGCGUAUGCCACCCCUGCCAGACUGGAGUCUUUCUUCAGUGGCUGCAAGUCACUUCCUGAGGCACCCCUUGACGUGGCCCCUGAGCCCACGUGUGUCACCACGGUGACCCAGGUGGAGGCUCUGGGGACCCUGGAAAGCAGCUUCCUGGACAGUGGCCACAGCCUGUCUGCCCUCAGCCAGGGCGAGCCAGUGCCCUGGCAUGACGCCUUCACCAGCCCCGAGGAUGACCUGGACCUGGGGCCCUUCUCGCUGCCCGAUCUCCCCCUCCAGCCCAAAGACGCCUCAGAUGUCGAGACUGAGCCCGUGGAAGGGAGUCCCGUCCCACCAGAGGAGAGCGUCCCUGGGGCUGAGGGGCAGCCCAUACUGCCUCCUGACCAGGUCUCUCCCCCACUUCCCGCCGAGUCUGAGCCCUCAGAGGAGCCAAAGCUGGACGUGGUUCUCGAAGCCGCGGUGGAGGCAGAGACCGUGGCAGGCGAGAGGACCCCCGAGGACUUGGACUCUGGCUCGGCACUGGCCCCCGGCCCUCCCGAACAGUGUCCCCUGGGGGGCGGAGCUGAGGAGACCAAGACUGAGGACCCCCCCACCACUCCCCAUCAUGCACCCGACGGCCCUGCCACCGAUGGCACGGCACAGACGCCUGACAGUGCUGAGGUCACCCCUGUUGCCAUCCCUGUGGAGGGGCCCCCAGGCAGCCUCCAGCCAGAAGCUACGGAUCCAGAGCCCAAGCCCACGGCCGAGCCCCCGAAAGCCCCCAAGGUGGAGGAGGUCCCUCAGCGCAUGACCAGGAACCGCGCUCAGAUGCUGGCCAGCCAGAGCAAGCAGAGCACGCCUCCUACGGAUAAGGAGCCCGCCCCCACGCCCACCCCAGCUGCCAGGGCCAAAGGCCGUGCCUCUGAGGAGGAGGAUGCCCAGGCCCAGCACCCCCGCAAGCGCCGCUUCCAGCGCUCCAGCCAGCAGCUGCAGCAGCAGCUGAACACAAGCACGCAGCAGACGCGGGAGGUCAUCCAGCAGACGCUGGCCGCCAUUGUGGACGCCAUCAAGCUGGACGACAUUGAGCCCUACCACAGCGACAGGUCCAACCCCUACUUCGAGUACCUCCAGAUCCGAAAGAAGAUUGAGGAGAAGCGCAAGAUCCUCUGCUACAUCACGCCCCAGGCACCCCAGUGCUACGCCGAGUACGUCACCUACACCGGGUCCUACCUCCUGGACGGCAAGCCGCUCAGCAAGCUGCACAUCCCUGUGAUUGCACCCCCCCCUUCCCUGGCGGAGCCCCUGAAGGAGCUGUUCAAGCAGCAGGAGACGGUGCGGGGAAAGCUGCGUCUACAGCACAGCAUCGAGCGGGAGAAGCUGAUCGUGUCGUGUGAGCAGGAGAUCCUGCGGGUGCAUUGCCGGGCGGCCAGGACCAUCGCCAACCAGGCAGUGCCUUUCAGUGCCUGCACGAUGCUGCUGGACUCUGAGGUCUACAACAUGCCUCUGGAGAGCCAGGGCGACGAGAACAAGUCCGUACGAGAUCGCUUCAACGCCCGCCAGUUCAUCUCCUGGCUACAGGACGUGGAUGACAAGUACGACCGUAUGAAGACCUGCCUCCUGAUGCGGCAGCAGCACGAGGCCGCAGCCCUCAAUGCCGUGCAGAGGAUGGAGUGGCAGCUGAAGGCACAGGAGCUGGACCCCGCAGGGCACAAGUCGCUGUGUGUGAACGAGGUGCCCUCUUUCUACGUGCCCAUGGUCGAUGUCAACGAUGACUUUGUGCUGCUGCCAGCGUGACACCAGGAGAAAGUUGCAGGACACCGGCAAGGGCCGUAGUCACCAGUGCUGCUGACGUGCCCGCAGUGCAGGAGGGCACCGUGCCGGCCAGGUGGGAGGAGCCCAGAGACUGCACCUGGCCACACGCCUCGCCUGCCAGACCAGCCCGGAGGCCAGGAGACCAGAGUCUUUACCAGCGGUGGCAGGGAGAACGGGCCCCCACGCUGCAGUGCCUCGUUGGCCCAGCAGGAGGAGGAGACCAUGGCCCAUCCAGAGGGGCACCUGGGUCCCUCUCAGCCAGCCGCAGGCACCCGAGGAGCAGGAGAGUGCGCUUUUGAAGUCCCUGCUCCCCUCUGAUCAACUAAAGGAAACGACUGAGGCGUCCACCUCGCACAACAGUGACCUCUGGUCGGGGGCAGGAGUGUCCGCCCGCCACGGUCCUCAGGACAGGCUGGGACACUGAGGUCGCUGGUGCCAGGCGAGGGCCACCUGCCGGCCACAGAGGGACUCAGCCAGGACUCUCCAAUAGUGUUUUUAAUGGAGUCAAAUCCACGUGGUUUGUAUAUUUUUUUCCUUUAAUCUUGGGCAUUUUGUUUCUCUUUCUGAGAACGUAACUUGAAACACUACAGAGCCAAUAAUCCUAUAGAGAGUAUCCGCGAACGAACGCUGUACAGUUUUAUAUACAUUCACAAUGUACUUUUGCUGCCUUCUAGAUAAUUUAUUUUGCAACACAUUACUGCACAGUUGUAAAUAACUUAUGUACUGUAACAUCACUUUCAGUUAUGUGUAAAGAAAUAAAUAAAUUAAUUAAAGUGC